UCCGCAUCAGAACAACACCGACCACUUCGCCUUCAACGUCUCAAAAUAACUACCCAGGUACUCGAUUAAUUAUACUAACCGAUUCCAUAUUUAUCACUGUUUUUAGACCAGCAAUGCCGUCCCCCACCUUUAAACCGGCCUUGAUCCUGCACGGCGGCGCAGGAGGGAUCCACCGCUCCACGCUGCCCCCGUCUCUAUAUGCAGCGUACCAUGCCUCGCUCCUAUCCUAUCUCCGAUCAACAGACGAGCUGUUGAAACAGGGCGCUACCGCCCUCGAUGCAGCGGUACAUGCUGUGUCUCUCAUGGAAGACGACGAGCUGUUCAACUGCGGGCGGGGGAGCGUGUUCACUACCGCGGGGACGAUCGAGAUGGAGGCCUCUGUGAUGGUGACGAGCGUGCACCCCGAACACAUCCAAGAGGAGCAACCGGGGGGUAUCAAACGGGGCGCUGGCGUGAUGGGGGUGAAGAAUGUCCGGCAUCCAAUCCAGCUGGCGAGGGAAUCGCUCCUGCGCACCGGGUACGAUGUGGACGGGAUACCCAAUUCCGACGGGGGGAAUAUGCAUUCCCAGACCGUAGGGCCUUUUGUCGAGGAGCUGGCGCGCGACUGGGGGCUCGAGUUCAUGCCGGACGAGUGGUUCUGGACGCAGCGGCGGUGGGACGAGCAUCUGCGGGGAUUGCGUGGAGAAAAGGAGGCCAUCACCAUGAGCCAGGGGACGGUCGGGUGCGUUUGUCUCGAUCAAUGGGGUGGGUUGGCUGUUGCGACGUCGACGGGCGGCUUGACAAAUAAGACUCCCGGCAGGAUUGGGGAUACGCCGACUCUCGGCGCAGGGUUCUGGGCUGAAGCUUUCGAUUCUGAUUACCAGGUUGCCACUGAAGCUGGCAUGGCGUACAGACCGUGCGACUUCGGGAAUAGAUCCCGUGAAGCUAGUCCUACUACGACUGCUGCUGCUGCUUCUCGGUGGUAUCUAGCUGAAGCUCAAUCCUUAUUUGGAGACUGUCUGCCUUCUUUCCUACGAGAUGCACCACCACCCGCAUACUAUACAGCCCGACCAGUUCCCCCUUCAUCUUCAUAUUCAGCCGAGAAACAGCCGGCGGUGCGCACCAGAAGAAAGGCCAUCGCCAUGUCCGGCACCGGCAAUGGUGACUCGUUCCUACGCACCGCCGCCGUCCGCUCCGCAGCAGCCAUGCUGCGCUUUUCGGCGCCCUCGUCUUCCCCCAUGUCGCUAGCCGAGGCCGUCACAGCCGUUGCAGGGCCGGGAGGUGAACUGCAACGGUCUGCAGGGAGACGAUGGGGCAAGACAGGCGAAGGCAUGGGCGGGAUCAUCGGCAUCGAGGCCGAGGCCGAGCAAGACAUUGCCCACUCCUCUACUGCCGGCGCGGGUCCUCGAUGCCGCCGUGGGAAGGUCGUCUUCGACUUCAACUGCGGGGGUAUGUGGCGCGCCUGGAAAGAGGAGGAUGAGAAUGGCGAGGAGAUAGAGAGAGUCAUGGUAUUCAGAGACGAGUAUUGAUUGACAUUCCAGUAAGCCUAGACCUAGAAUUGACUACUUAUAGACACAAUAUAUCCAUCCACAGUGUUGGAGAAAAAAUUUGGCCCUUGUUUACUACUAGGCUAUGUUAUAGAACGAUUAGAUUGGAUG